GCAUUGAUCUGGAGUAACCUGCUCCAUCACACCACUCCAGUGGAUGAUGCUCGCAUGCAGAGUAGCAGGGGGAGGAAGAAAAGCGAAGCGGGGAAAGCGGGACAGGCGGGGGGAAAGCGGAGAGGGUUUUUUUCCCUCGCUGCUUGCCCGAAGGUGGAGGCAUCUAGUGGGAGGAAAGAGGAGGGGCAAAUUCCACACGCAGGCGCUCGACCUGAAUGGGAGAGCCUUCGCCAGCCGGAUCUCCCACGUUGUUGGCAUCCCCAGCCUGCUGCUCCGGGCCUGGCGGCAACAGGACUAGCUCCCCCUUCCCCGCAGAGAGCGCCUGGAGUGGUGCAGGCCUACCUUGGAGGCACAAUGGGUGAUCCCGCUCCGGUGGACAAGCCGUUGGAACUGAGCGUGCACUCCCGCUUCAUCAUUGGGUCAGUAUCGGAGGAUAACUCUGAGGAUGAGACGAGUUCGUUGGUGAAGAUAGAUCUGCUGGAGGACAAAGAGCAGUCUCUGUCGCCCGUCUCGGUCAGUUCGGACUCUCUUUCUGACCUGGUUCCUUCCAACGUCCAAGAUGGCCUGGCUGUCCAUAUGAGGCCAAGUAUGUCUGGUCUCCACCUCAUGAAGCAAGGCCGGGACAGGAAGAAAGUGGAGCUGCAGAGAGAUUUUACUGUCGCAUCCCCGGCAGAGUUUGUCACUCGCUUUGGAGGGACCAAAGUCAUCGAGAAGGUCCUCAUUGCCAACAACGGGAUUGCGGCAGUGAAGUGCAUGCGGUCCAUCCGGCGCUGGUCCUACGAGAUGUUUCGGAACGAGCGUGCCAUCCGUUUCGUGGUCAUGGUGACACCUGAAGACUUGAAGGCCAAUGCAGAAUAUAUCAAGAUGGCGGAUCAUUAUGUCCCAGUACCUGGAGGCCCAAACAACAAUAACUAUGCAAAUGUGGAACUGAUCCUCGAUAUUGCAAAACGGAUUCCUGUGCAGGCAGUAUGGGCUGGUUGGGGCCAUGCCUCUGAGAACCCCAAGCUACCUGAGCUCCUCCACAAGAAUGGAAUUGCCUUCAUGGGUCCACCAAGCCAAGCAAUGUGGGCGCUCGGAGAUAAGAUCGCCUCCUCGAUAGUGGCCCAAACGGCAGGCAUCCCCACACUUCCGUGGAGUGGCAGCGGUCUCCAAGUGCAUUGGCAAGAAAAUGAAUUUCAAAAGCGCAUCUUGAGUGUCCCCCAGGAAUUAUAUGAGAAGGGCUGUGUGACAGAUGUGGACGAUGGGCUGCGGGCAGCCGAAGAAGUUGGAUACCCUGUCAUGAUCAAAGCUUCCGAAGGAGGGGGAGGAAAAGGAAUCAGGAAAGUGAACAAUGCUGAGGAUUUCCCCAACCUUUUUAGACAGGUCCAGGCGGAAGUGCCAGGGUCCCCCAUCUUCGUCAUGCGCCUUGCCAAACAGUCCCGCCACUUGGAAGUGCAGAUCCUCGCAGACCAGUACGGCAACGCCAUCUCCCUCUUUGGCCGUGACUGUUCUGUGCAGCGUCGGCACCAGAAGAUCAUCGAGGAGGCCCCGGCCUCGAUCGCCACUUUGGCCGUCUUUGAGCACAUGGAACAGUGUGCAGUGAAACUCGCCAAGAUGGUGGGUUAUGUGAGUGCUGGAACGGUGGAAUACCUUUACAGCCAAGACGGCAGCUUCUACUUCUUGGAGCUCAACCCUCGCCUCCAGGUGGAGCAUCCUUGCACAGAGAUGGUGGCGGAUGUCAACUUGCCUUCAGCUCAGCUCCAGAUUGCCAUGGGAAUUCCUCUUCACAGGAUCAAGGAUAUCCGAGUCAUGUAUGGGGCCUCCCCCUGGGGGGACAGUCCUAUUGACUUUGAGAAUUCUGCUCAUGUGCCUUGUCCACGUGGUCAUGUGAUAGCUGCCCGCAUAACCAGCGAGAAUCCUGAUGAGGGAUUUAAGCCCAGCUCAGGAACAGUCCAGGAGCUGAACUUCCGCAGUAACAAGAAUGUCUGGGGCUACUUCAGUGUUGCAGCUGCUGGGGGGCUUCAUGAAUUUGCGGACUCUCAGUUCGGCCACUGUUUCUCCUGGGGAGAAAACCGCGAGGAAGCCAUCUCGAACAUGGUCGUGGCUCUGAAGGAGCUGUCCAUCCGAGGGGACUUUCGGACCACGGUUGAGUACUUGAUUAAGCUGCUGGAGACGGAGAGCUUUCAACAGAACCGCAUUGAUACUGGCUGGCUGGACCGGCUUAUUGCAGAAAAAGUGCAGGCAGAGAGGCCAGACACCAUGCUGGGAGUCGUGUGUGGGGCCCUCCAUGUGGCUGAUGUGAGCUUUCGGAACAGCGUCUCCAACUUCCUCCACUCGCUGGAGAGAGGCCAAGUCUUACCUGCUCAUACGUUGCUGAACACAGUGGAUGUAGAACUUAUCUAUGAAGGGAGGAAAUACGUGUUGAAGGUGACCCGGCAGUCACCCAAUUCCUAUGUCGUCAUCAUGAGCGGCUCCUGCGUGGAAGUGGAUGUUCAUCGGCUGAGCGACGGAGGGCUCCUUUUAUCCUACGAUGGCAGUAGCUACACUACAUACAUGAAAGAAGAGGUGGACAGGUAUCGCAUCACCAUCGGCAACAAGACUUGUGUGUUUGAGAAGGAGAACGACCCGUCCAUUCUGCGAUCGCCUUCUGCGGGGAAGCUCAUCCAGUACGUGGUGGAAGACGGAGGGCACGUCUUUGCGGGCCAGUGCUUUGCGGAGAUAGAGGUCAUGAAGAUGGUGAUGACGCUCACCGCGGCCGAGUCGGGCUGCAUCCACUACGUGAAGCGUCCUGGCGCCGCCCUUGACCCAGGCUGCGUGAUUGCCAAGCUGCAGCUGGAUGACCCGAGCCGGGUUCAGCAGGCUGAACUGCACACGGGUGCCUUGCCGAAGAUCCAAAGCACGGCGCUCCGAGGCGAGAAGCUCCAUCGCGUCUUCCAUUACGUCCUUGACAACCUGGUGAAUGUGAUGAACGGAUACUGCCUGCCGGAGCCCUUCUUUAAUAGCAAGGUGAAGGACUGGGUUGAGCGGUUAAUGAAGACCCUGCGGGAUCCAUCCUUGCCUCUUCUGGAACUUCAGGACAUCAUGACAAGCGUCUCUGGGCGGAUCCCUCCCAAUGUGGAAAAAUCCAUCAAAAAGGAGAUGGCGCAGUAUGCCAGCAACAUCACGUCUGUCCUGUGCCAAUUCCCUAGCCAACAGAUUGCCAACAUCUUGGACAGUCAUGCAGCCACCCUGAAUCGCAAAUCGGAGCGUGAGGUCUUCUUCAUGAACACGCAGAGUAUCGUGCAGCUGGUACAGAGGUAUCGUAGCGGCAUCCGAGGGCACAUGAAGGCCGUGGUGAUGGAUUUGCUUCGGCAGUACCUGAAGGUGGAAACUCAAUUCCAGCAUGGUCACUACGAUAAAUGUGUCUUUGCCCUUCGAGAAGAGAACAAAAGCGACAUGAACACCGUCCUGAACUACAUUUUCUCUCAUGCUCAGGUCACCAAGAAGAACCUCCUUGUGACGAUGCUGAUUGACCAGUUAUGUGGCCGUGAUCCAACCUUGACGGAUGAGCUCAUCAAUAUCCUGACAGAGCUUACGCAGCUCAGUAAGACCACCAAUGCCAAGGUAGCCCUGCGAGCCCGACAGGUCCUCAUAGCUUCCCACUUACCAUCAUAUGAACUGCGUCACAACCAAGUGGAAUCCAUCUUCCUUUCAGCCAUUGACAUGUAUGGCCACCAGUUCUGCAUUGAGAAUCUCCAGAAACUGAUUCUUUCGGAGACAUCCAUCUUCGACGUGCUCCCAAACUUCUUCUAUCACAGCAACCAAGUGGUACGGAUGGCAGCUCUGGAGGUGUAUGUUCGAAGGGCAUACAUUGCCUACGAGCUGAACAGCGUCCAGCAUCGCCAGCUGAAGGACAACACUUGCGUGGUGGAGUUCCAGUUCAUGCUGCCCACUUCACAUCCAAACAGAGGGAACAUACCCACGCUCAACAGAAUGUCCUUCUCCUCCAACCUCAACCACUACGGGAUGGUCCACGUGGCCAGCGUGAGCGACGUUCUCUUGGACAACUCCUUCACGCCGCCCUGCCAGCGCAUGGGCGCCAUGGUCUCCUUCCGGACCUUCGACGAGUUCGUCCGGCUCUUCGACGAGGUCAUGGGAUGCUUCUGCGACUCCCCUCCUCAAAGCCCCACUUUCCCAGAAGCGGGCCACCCGUCCCUGUACGAUGAAGAUAAGAGUGCCAGGGAUGAGCCCAUCCACAUCCUGAACAUCGCCAUUAAGACGGAUUGUGACAUCGACGACGAGGGACUAGCGGCCAUGUUCCGAGAGUUCACGCAGAGCAAGAAAUCUGUUCUGAUUGACCAUGGAAUUCGGCGGCUGACUUUUCUAGUGGCACAAAAGGAUUUCAGGAAACAGGUCAACUGUGAAGUAGACCAGAGGUUUCAUAGGGAAUUUCCCAAAUUUUUUACAUUCCGUGCAAGGGAUAAGUUUGAAGAAGACAGAAUCUACCGGCACUUGGAGCCGGCGUUGGCUUUCCAACUGGAGCUCAAUCGGAUGCGCAACUUCGACCUGACCGCUAUCCCGUGUGCCAAUCACAAGAUGCACCUUUACCUGGGUGCCGCAAAAGUUGAGGCAGGAGCCGAGGUCACUGACUACAGAUUCUUUGUUCGGGCCAUCAUCCGUCACUCAGAUUUGGUGACUAAGGAGGCGUCCUUUGAGUAUCUGCAGAACGAGGGGGAGCGCCUGCUCUUAGAAGCCAUGGACGAGCUGGAAGUCGCUUUCAACAACACGAAUGUGCGGACUGACUGUAACCACAUAUUCCUCAACUUUGUCCCGACGGUUAUUAUGGACCCUUCAAAGAUCGAGGAGUCCGUCCGGAGUAUGGUGAUGCGCUAUGGCAGCCGCUUAUGGAAACUUCGGGUCCUCCAAGCAGAGCUCAAAAUAAAUAUUCGGCUGACACCUACUGGCAAAGCCAUACCCAUCCGCCUCUUCCUGACCAACGAGUCUGGAUAUUACCUCGAUAUCAGCUUAUACAAGGAAGUCACGGACCCCAGAACUGCCCAGAUUAUGUUCCAGGCGUAUGGUGAUAAACAGGGGCCUCUGCACGGAAUGUUGAUCAACACACCGUAUGUGACCAAGGACUUGCUCCAGUCAAAGCGAUUCCAGGCUCAGUCCUUGGGGACAACCUAUGUCUACGACAUCCCUGAAAUGUUCCGGCAGUCCUUGAUUAAAUUGUGGGACUCCAUGAAGGAGCUCGCCACCCUGCCCGCUCCGCCGUUGCCUUCCGACAUGCUGACGUACACAGAGCUGGUGCUGGACGACCAAGGCCAGCUGGUGCAUAUGAACCGGCUGCCCGGGGGAAACGAGAUCGGCAUGGUGGCUUGGCUGAUGACCCUCAAGUCACCGGAGUAUCCAGAUGGGCGGGAUAUCAUAGUCAUUAGCAAUGAUAUCACGUACCGGAUCGGGUCCUUCGGCCCCCAGGAAGACCUCCUCUACCUUCGGGCGUCAGAGCUUGCUCGGCUGCAGGGCAUCCCCCGGAUCUACGUGGCUGCCAACAGUGGGGCCAGGAUCGGGUUGGCUGAGGAGAUCCGCCACAUGUUUCACGUGGCCUGGGAAGACCCUGCUGAUCCCUACAAGGGAUUUAAGUAUCUUUACCUGACUCCCCAGGAUUAUAAGAAAGUCAGUGCCUUAAACUCAGUACAUUGUGAACAUGUCGAAGAUGGAGGAGAAUCUCGAUAUAAAAUUACAGAUGUUAUUGGGAAGGAGGAAGGCAUUGGGACGGAGAAUCUGCGAGGAUCUGGCAUGAUUGCAGGAGAAUCAUCACUGGCAUAUGAAGAAAUUAUCACAAUCAACCUGGUAACAUGUCGGGCAAUUGGAAUUGGGGCUUACAUCGUCCGGUUGGGACAGAGGACAAUCCAAGUGGAAAAUUCACAUAUCAUCUUGACUGGAGCAGGAGCCCUCAACAAAGUGCUCGGAAGAGAAGUGUAUACAUCUAACAAUCAGCUGGGCGGUAUUCAGAUCAUGCACAACAAUGGAGUGACUCACAAGACAGUUUGUGAUGACUUUGAAGGUGUCUAUAGCAUUUUGCAGUGGCUGUCCUACAUGCCCAAGAGCGUGUCCAGCCCAGUUCCGGUGCUCCCGGUAAAGGACCCGAUAGACAGAGCCAUUGAUUUUGUUCCCACCAAAACUCCUUACGACCCUCGCUGGAUGUUGGCUGGGCGGCCUCACCCAACUCAGAAAGGCCAGUGGCUAAGCGGCUUCUUUGACCACAGCUCUUUCCUGGAGAUCAUGCAGCCCUGGGCUCAGACCGUUGUGGUUGGCAGAGCCAGGCUCGGUGGCAUACCUGUGGGAGUGGUUGCUGUGGAAACCAGGACUGUCGAGUUGAGCAUCCCUGCGGACCCCGCCAACCUCGACUCAGAAGCCAAGGUUAUCCAGCAGGCUGGGCAGGUGUGGUUCCCCGAUUCUGCCUUCAAGACAGCUCAGGCUAUCAAGGACUUCAACCGGGAAGGGCUCCCAUUGAUGGUUUUCGCCAACUGGAGAGGAUUCUCCGGAGGGAUGAAAGACAUGUAUGACCAAGUGCUGAAGUUUGGGGCCUACAUCGUGGACGGCUUGCGGGAGUACAAGCAACCUGUCCUCGUCUACAUACCGCCCCAAGCAGAGCUGAGGGGAGGCUCCUGGGUUGUGAUCGACUCCACCAUCAACCCUCGCCACAUGGAGAUGUACGCCGACCGGGAGAGCAGAGGUGGCAUCCUGGAGCCUGAAGGAACAGUGGAAAUCAAGUUCCGCAAGAAGGACCUGGUGAAGACGAUGCGGCGCGUGGACCCCGUCUACGUCCAGCUGGCAGAGCGUCUUGGCACCCCAGAGCUAAGCCAGGCUGAGCGGAAGGAACUCGAGACCAAGCUGAAGGAGCGGGAGGAAUUCCUGAUUCCCAUUUACCACCAGGUAGCCGUGCAGUUUGCUGACUUGCAUGACACGCCCGGCCGGAUGCAGGAGAAGGGUGUCAUUACGGAUAUUCUGGACUGGAAGACGUCGCGUACUUUCUUCUACUGGAGGCUCAGGCGGCUUCUCCUCGAAGACCUGGUCAAAAAGAAGAUUCAUGGUGCGAACCCCGAACUGACAGACGGCCAGAUCCAGGCGAUGCUGAGGCGCUGGUUUGUGGAAGUAGAAGGCACUGUCAAGGCCUACUUGUGGGAUAACAACAGAGACCUGGUGGAGUGGCUGGAGAAGCAGCUGGCAGAGGACGAAGGCGCCCGCUCGGUGGUGGAUGAGAACAUCAAGUACAUCUCCCGCGACUACGUCCUCAAGCAGAUACGGAGCUUGGUCCAGGCCAAUCCAGAAGUCGCCAUGGAUUCCAUCGUCCACAUGACCCAGCAUAUAUCGCCGACCCAGCGGGCCGAGAUCGUGCGCAUCCUCUCCACAAUGGACGCGCCUGCCUCGACGUAAGCGGCUGGGCCGCGCUCCUUCACCUUCCUGACCUGGCCCCAUGUUGGGGAACAGCUGGAAACGAGACGGAUUUCUCUCAUUUUUUAAAAUUGGACUGGAAUUGCAGAGCGCACCCUUUUAGUUACAGAAAAAUCCAGGACGACAGGCUCCCCCCAAACUAACUUAUGAAUGUCUUCUAACGGUACCUAUUUAUUUAACAACGCCCGACUGGACCGACCUCGUUCGUGCAGUGCUACCAGGAGAUCAUGACAGGUACUGCGGCACCUCGAGGUCUUAAAUGGAGCACAGAACACACGAGGGCCUUCAGCCAUGUCCCUGGCACAAACCUCGAGGACAUUUUCGCCCAGAGCAUCCACUGCUGAAUCCACCCCGUCCUCCUAAGUGCAAGCAUCCAGACCGGGUGGAUGGCUGGAAGCCCGCAGGGACCGGCUGCCGGCAAAGUCGAACUCUUCACUCUGCCGCUGCUCAACCAGCUGGUUUUUUUUGGUGCCUGAGAUGUUUUUAUCUCUUGGGGUGGAGGGAGGUGAGCAAGAUAUGCCUGUGGAGUGGAAGGGGCAAAAGGGCAAUGCCUUCGCGGGGUUUAGUUUUCAUUUCUGUACCUGUAAACAGGGCUUCAGUGGCUUCAUGACUCUGUUUACAUGCCAUGAAAAGAGACACGCUAUCCGAAGAGCGGGUAGAAGAUAUUUCCCACCUUCCCAUUUGAUGUAAAACCUCGGGGAUGCCUCCUUUCGGGGGCACUGGAGAAGGGCCGUUGGUACGUUCCCUGUUAUCGGAGAAGGGUUAAAGUUCCCGGCUGAGAGCCGGUGCGGUGAGCUGGUGGGAGCGCUUGACAGGGGACCAGCUCUGAGUCCCCACGUGGCCUCGGAGCCCACUGAUGACUUUGUGCCAGUCACUCACUCUCGGCCUGCCCUACCUCACAGGGUUGUUGUCACAAGGAUAAAAACAAAGCGGAGGAGAAGUAUGUGAGCUGCCUUGGAUUCCACUCUCAAGCAGAAAAGGGCAGGUUACAUGUGCAAUGUAAAAAUAAUAAAUAAAUAUUGAAGCAAGAGGG